UCGUCUAGCCAUUUUUCAUACAGCCGUCUCGUUACGGCCCUGCUCGCGACGUUUCCCAAAAGAUCAAACUAGAAGACUAUAAAGCCUUUUGAUCACCAUCUUCAUUUUCAAUAUCAAUCUUCAACAAUCGAAAGCUUACCACAAUAACAUUAAUGGCUGUUCCAUGUGUUCAAGAGGUUCUUCCUCCAAUUUUGGAUUCUUCUUCUGAACCACCACCUCUCUUUGACGGUACCACCAGGCUAUACGUCAAUUACCAGUGCCCAUUUGCGCAGCGUGUGUGGAUUGUGAGGAACUAUAAGGGAUUACAGGACAAGAUCAAAUUGGUUCCUAUUGACCUUCAAAACAGACCCGCUUGGUACAAAGAGAAAGUUUACCCCGAAAACAAGGUUCCAGCUCUGGAACAUGAGAACAAUAUCAUUGGCGAAAGUUUAGAUUUGAUCAAAUAUGUAGACAGUCACUUUGAAGGACCUGCGCUUUUACCAGAUGACCCCGCCAAAAAAGAGUUUGCUGAAGAGUUGAUAUCCUACUCCGAUACAUUCCUCAAAGGAGUGUAUACUUCAUUUAAAGGAGAUGCAGUGAAAGAAGCUGGUGCUGCUUUUGAUUACUUGGAAACAGCUCUUCAUAAAUUUGAUGAUGGGCCUUUCUUCCUUGGCCAAAAAUUCAGUCUGGUGGACAUUGUCUAUGCUCCUUUCCUUGAAAGGCAUCAAAUCUUCUUCCAAGAUGUUUGGAGCUAUGAUAUCAGGUCAGGCAGGACUAAAAUUGCGGCAUUCAUGGAGGAGAUGAACAAGAUUGGCGCUUACACGCAGACAAAAUGUGAUCCCAAACUGCUUGUUGAAUACUACACGCGUCUCUUUUUGGCUCAGAAGUAAAUAUGGUCCCUCGCGCUUGAUCAAGAUUCAAAACUAGUACUAAAUAAGUGGCUCCAUGCUCAUUCCUAAUGUGUCUUGGUCUAAAUUCAGGCUUGCGCUGACAGAAAAU